GAUGUCAUCCUUCUGUCAGUAUGCUAUGAAGUGUCAAUGAGUUUGUCUAUCAAAAUUCUCAAUUCAGAAGCUUAAUAUUCGAAAUAAUAUCAUGUAAAUGGGUAUAUUCGAUAACGAUCAAAAUGGUGAAAAAACAAAUUAUCCUUGGUAAAGCGGAGAAACUUCUUCAUGAAGUGAACAAGAAGAAGAAGUUCAAAACUGGCAAAACGACUGUAAGUCCGUUCGUUAACUUCCUUCAGAAAAUCAAAAAGACUUGCCAGGGUAUGACACCAAGCCAGAUAACUUCCAGAGGUGCUGAAAUGUGGAGGAAAAUGGAUACCAAACAAAAAACCUUAUACACUGAUUUGGCAAGACAAACUAGAAGAAGAAGAAGGGUGAAGAGCCGAACUAGGAGGAAGAGAACUAAAAGAACGUCUAAGACAUCAAGAUCAAAAUCAAGGCGUAAAACUAUACCUCAUACAUGAUGCAAUAAUGUCCAUAUUGUUUUGUCAAAAUAUUA